AUGAGGAAGUGUAAGGGAAUUGGAGAAGUCGCGUUUGAGGAGGUUGUGGAGGUAGGCUUAAGGAUGACCAGAGCUAGAACUGCCCUAGCGGAUGCAACGGCUGAGGCUAUGAAGGCGACAGAGAGAAAGAGAAAAGUUGGCGAAGGAGAAUUGGAGGUAUCCAGAUCCGCAGUUCAGCUAAAAUCUCGGCGUGUUGCCACCGUGCCAGAUAAUUCAGCUUCACCGGCGACUUCUGCAAAUUUAUCAUGCGCGAGCAUUAGCUCCAAUCAUGUUUCAGCAUCUUGCUGCUCAAGCAAUGGAUUGAGCGAGGUGGAUAAAGAGAGUUCCAAAUUCUUAGAUCUGGAGGAUGAGAAUGAAGUCAGCGCGGAGGAGGUUGCAACAUCAACUGGUGAUUCGGUGGAUUGCAAUGAGAGCAAAGAGAAGACCCCAUCCUCCGAGUUACAGUCUGAGUCAGGCGAGCUGGAAUCCACGGAGAGGCCACACGAGGCUUGUUCUCGCCACCGCUCUCAGGCAGAGAAGAUGCCAUCAGAAGCGGAGCUGGAAGAAUUCUUCGCCGCCGCCGAAAAGGACCUUCAAAAAAAAUUUGCUCACAGGUAUAACUAUGACAUAGUGAAAGACGAGCCAUUAGAAGGGCGCUAUGAGUGGGUUCAACUUCAAGUAAAGCCAUGA